GGUGGAUGGGGUUAGCUGAUCUCCACAACCCAUCAUGGAGCUCAACCACUGGGCAUUCUCUAAUCCCCAAAUCCCCUGUCCGAGCAGCUUUUUGACCAUAACACCUUCCUGUGUGUGAUCUGUGAUACCUGGGGCCCGCAUGCUGUGGAAAUCAUGACACAGAUGGACUACAAGUACAGCCUGCUGGGCUCCACUGUGGACGACUACCGCAAAAGGCCACUGGUUCUGCAGGUGGAUGAUACGCCCAUGAACCUGUUUGCAGUUCUGGAGGUGAAGCGGGAGCUGCCCAAGCGCUGGACAGCCCUGGGUUGUUUCCGCAAGAUCCGUCUCUACGGCUUCCUUUUCGGCAUGGCGGUCAUGUUCCUCAUCAUGGCUUCGUAUAUUUUGACGGGGGACAAAAAGGGCCUGCUCCUUACCCCCUCCCCUUACCACUUCAGCAGCCUGGUCAGCCCCGGUCCCUUUACCUUCAACCUCUCUUCGGUGAAGGACUACGCUCACAUUAAAUUGGUAGUCAAGUCCAUCACAUCAAAGGUGGAGUUUGGAAGCAGUCGGCAGCUUCCAGAGCUUAAAGCGUUGGUAAAGAGUGAUCAACAUUUGUUUUCUGUUAUUCCACGAAAAUUCCUGCCUGGUAUCAAAAACCCCUGCUGGUAUGAGGAAUAUACCAGGAAUAGCACCUCAGAUCCAUACAGGACAAAUUUGUAUGGGCGCUAUUCGAGACGCUUCCGGACUGUUUUUCAGCAUUUGAGGAGCACCUUCCAUGGACAUCUGUUUCAUCGCAACAAAAAACUGUACCGCAUGCGAUGCCUUCCUUUUUUCUAUAUUAUUGGCCAACCAAAGUGUGGCACAACAGACCUGUAUGACAGGUUAAGGUUGCACCCUGACGUCAAGUUCACCACUUUCAAAGAACCACACUGGUGGACCCGCAAAAGGUUUGGCAUCAUUCGUCUCAGUGAGGGAUUUCAUGAUCGAUAUCCGGUGGAAGACUACCUGGACCUGUUUGAUCAGGCUGCUUACCAAAUCCAGGGUAACCUCACCGCUAACGUCAGUGGAUCCCCCAGCCACCCAAAUAUCAUCAUAGGAGAAGCCAGUGCUUCCACGAUGUGGGAUAACAACGCCUGGGUGUAUUUCUAUGACAACAACACAGAGGGAGAGCCUCCUUUCCUCAUCCAGGACUUCAUCCACGCUCUGCAGCCUGACGCCCGCUUCAUUGUCAUGCUCAGGGACCCGGUGGAAAGGCUCUACUCUGACUACCUUUACUUCGGUAUUGCCAAUAAGUCUGCUGAAGAUUUCCACGAGAAGGUGUCAGAGUCGCUGCAGCUAUUUGAGGGAUGCCUUACAGAGUACACAAUGCGCUCCUGUGUGUACAACACUACUGUCAACAACGCUAUGCCAGUGAGAUUGCAAGUUGGCAUAUACAUUGUUUACUUAAUGGACUGGCUGAGUGUCUUCAGCAGGGAACAGAUUCUGGUCCUAAGGUUGGAAGACCAUGCUUCAAACAGGAAAUACACAAUGCACAAAGUCUUUGAUUUUCUUAGUUUAGGGUCAUUGACAAAAGAAAUAGAAUCAGAAAUCACGAGAAAUCCAGCAUCAAACACCAGAAGACCAGCUGACAAAAACUUGGGACCCAUGCUGCCCAUCACUAAAGAUAUUCUGCAAGACUUCUACAAGCCGUUCAAUGAGAAAUUGGCAAAAGUGAUGCGGAAUGACUCCUUUCUUUGGGAGAAUAAUCCAAAACUCUGAAAAAUAAUGACUUCUGUAAACUUUAAUGUAAAAAAAGAAAAUAACAACUACUGGUAGAUCAAUAAUCUCCUUUGUUUGGUUUUCAUCUUACUCAAGUGCCCAUGAAAAAUCAGUGUUUUUACCUAAAUUAUUAAGUUAUUAAGUAAAAGACAAAACAUGGCACAAGUGUGGUGGUUUUGAAUGAGUGUGUGCAAAAGAAAGGGUGUGAGGAAUACAAAUUAUGCUGGUGUUGAAGUAUUGAUUGUUUUUCUUGCAACAAUAUGUGCAAAAACAAAUUGUGAAUUUCAAGAUAUUAAAGAAUUGUAAAGUUGUCUUUUUCAAUAUUUGGUUUGUAUCAUCAAAGAUGGUCAAAUGCUCAUACCCAAUAAGAGGAUACAUUAGAUUGUUUGUCAUUAUAGAUGAAAUAUUUUACUGAUGAAAAAUGGUGUGCUUUGGUCACACCAUUUUUCACCAUUUUUCAUUAGCCCUCU